UUACUUUUAAGUUUGAGUAGAUACUUUGCAAUUGAAUUUGUUCAUCUUCCUCGAGAACAAUUAUAUUUCUCUGUAAAUUUUACCCGUCUCUAGCACAGGAAAGUUUUUUCGGACACACUUUCGCAAAAUAUGCGAGCUUGAAACUUGAAGUUUGAAGUAUUUCAAGAUGGUUUAUUGCUACAUUUAUUAUGCUCUCUGAUUGCAGAAAAUGUUUAACGAUGUACGGUCGCAGUGUGAUGUUCAACUGGACGAACUGACGAAGAAAAUGAAAGAAUUGAACGACUUAAGGCAUUCUUUGCAAUCGUUGCAAGACAUUUUGAAGAAAACGGAAAUUAGCAAGGACGAACAGAAACAUCUGAUGGAAACACAUGUCGCUACCGAGCAGACUUUACGCAGUCAAGCGGAAACUCUCUUAAGCGUGGUGAUCGAAGCAUCGGAGGAUACGCAAAAAUUGCAUGAAAAACUUGAUCGUAUAGCGUAG